AUGAAGUGCUUCACGCUUGCAUCAUUUACGGCAAUGCUAAGCAUCUUAACGAAUGCAUCUGCUGAAAAAUACUAUGAAUGCAAUGGCAAACAUAUUCUUUAUUCCAAAAUCGUUGAAAAUGCCAAUAUGGGCUACAAGGCGCUUUUUGGAAAUGGUGAUAAUUUCUUGGCUACGUUGCCUGGACAAAAUCCCAUAACUGUAUAUUUUAAACACAAAUUCGACUACUAUUCCGGUAGGUAA